AUGCCGCUUAAAAAUUCUAGUUCCGACACCAAAAACUUCUUUCGAAGAAUCUUACGAAAUUUCAAGUCUUUCUUUAACAUUGAGAUUUUCAAUGACGCACUUGCUUCUGUUCGAAAGAAGAACAAGAGGCAUGGCCUACAGGGAUUCUCUUGUAACAUCGGGCAGCCAACAGAACAAUCUGAAAAUGAUGGUGAAGAAGUUGGUUCAGAAGUUUUGGAAGAUUUCAAGCGAACCGUGCCGACAGUUCAAUUCAAAGACAUAAGUUUUGAGAACAACAUAUCGGUUGAUGGCUUGGUUAUAGAUCCCGAGCUCUCGGAAGAUAUUCGCAGUAAAUACUACCGGCUAUGCUUUAGUCAAAAUGCUUUCCUGCAUGAAAAUAUCAUCCAGGUGAUUAGAGGUUGCAAGUUCACAACAUCUCGAGAUGAAUUUGAUAGAUGGGACAAGACAUUGAAAGCCUUUGAGUUGUGUGGCGUAAAUGUUGGAUUCUUACGAUCUCGGCUACAGCGUCUGGUAAACCUUGCAUUCGAGUCGGAAGGCGCUGCUGACGCAAGGAGAUACUUUGAAGCUAAAACAGAACGAGCUCAGACCGAGAAUGAGGUAAGAAACCUUGAAGCAAAAGUCGCUAAGCUGAAGCAUGCCUGCAAGACUUUGGAUUCGAAAUUAGAGUUUGCAAUGUACAGCAGAAACAAUGAGCCGAGGUUUGAGGAAAAAGUUAAGGAUCCAUGGUGA